AUGCCGGAGGCGGGGCACUACGGGUACAAGAAGACCGACGGCAUCUGCGACGGCGUGUGCGGCGAGGUGAGCUCCACUCGUCUCCACCUCCAUCCUCCUGCCCCGUUCACCCGCCUCCCCUUCCCUUCCCCGGUCAGAUCCGCGCCGCGCGGCGCAGGGGUAGGUUCUUUGGCCCGCCUAGACGGUUCUACGCCGCGGAUUCUGGGGGCGCCGCUGGGCGUGGAGGCCGUUGCUGUUCCAUGCUUGUGCGGUGUCGUUGAUCUGCCCUGCAGCAGGCCUGGUAUGGGCGACGAGCCUGUGUCAAAGGCAGCUCUGACCAUGUCAAGGCUAAAGUGCGCACUCCGGGGAUUUGAUUUAAGGGCACUUAUGGUCCUCUUGAUCGGUGUGCCAAUUCUAAUUCUGAUGAUAUAUGUGCAUGGUCAGAAGGUCACAUACUUCCUCCGGCCAAUCUGGGAAUCUCCUCCCAAGCCCUUCAAGACUAUCCCUCACUACUACCAUGAGAAUGUCACCAUGGAGAACCUCUGCAAGUUACAUGGGUGGAAAGUCCGUGAUAUCCCACGCCGUGUCUUUGAUGCUGUACUCUUCAGCAAUGAGCUUGAUAUCCUGGAGAUCCGUUGGAAUGAGCUUAGUCCCUAUGUAUCAGAGUUUGUGCUUCUUGAGUCCAACUCAACCUUUACUGGCAUAAAAAAGCCCCUCCACUUCAAGGAAAACAAGCAUCGGUUUGGGUUUGCUAAAUCACGGCUGACAUAUGGUAAUAUUGGGGGAAGGUUCGUGAAGGCGGAGAACCCAUUUGUUGAGGAGUCAUAUCAGAGGGUUGCCCUAGACCGUCUUCUUAAGCUUGCAAGAAUAGAAGAUGAUGACCUGCUGAUCAUGUCGGAUGUUGAUGAAAUCCCAAGCGGGCACACAAUUGAUCUCUUAAGGUGGUGUGACGACAUUCCAGACAUACUUCAUCUUCAGCUCAGGAAUUAUCUUUACUCGUUUGAGUUUUUUCUUGAUGACAAGAGCUGGAGGGCAUCAAUACACAAGUACAAACCUGGAAAGACAAGGUAUGCACACUUCCGGCAGACGGAUGAGCUUCUUGCUGAUUCAGGGUGGCACUGCAGCUUUUGCUUCCGCUACAUAAGCGAUUUUGCCUUCAAGAUGCAAGCGUACAGCCAUGUUGACCGGAUCAGGUUCAAGUACUUCCUGAACCCUGAAAGGAUUCAAGAUGUCAUCUGCAGAGGGGCAGAUCUUUUUGAUAUGCUUCCAGAAGAGUACACAUUCCAAGAAAUCAUUGCCAAGCUGGGGCCGAUCCCAAGCACAUAUUCUGGUGUUCAUCUCCCUAGUUACCUACUAAAGAAUGUCGAGCGGUUUAGAUACCUUCUACCCGGCAACUGCAGGAGAGAAAGUGGCUAG